UCAUUCAGUUCCUUUCUGGCUGCCGUCGAACGUUGUCGUCGUUCGGUUGAAUCGAAUCGAAAAGCGCAGCUCGCCAAAAAGCCAGGCCAAAAUCUCAAAGCCACGGCUCAGUGAAACAGUUAUCAGAAAUUUUCGAAAAAUAGCGUAAAAAGUUUUCGAAAAAAAAAAAUUAAAAAACAUAAGCAAGCAACCAAUUUUUAAGUGGCAAAGUUAACAAAUUGAAAAAAAAACGCGAACAAAACACAGCACAUUUUUUGGAUUAAGUGCCACAUAGUUCCUGUUAGCAGCAGCAACACACACCAACCACUUGGAUUACUAUAAACAACAGUAUUAUCACUUAAAACUAGCACAAAAAUCGCAAAAUUUUCCUCAACAAAAUUCGAUCGUUUUUAAACUACAACAAUUUGCUAGGCAACCAAAAAAGAAAAAUACAUAAAGAGAGGAGAAGAAAGGAAACAACAAACUUGUGCAACAUCCCAAAACAAAUGUGAAAGCGUGACAAACAAACAAAAGAUACGAAAAACAAAUGAGCAAAAAGUGAACAAAAAGUGAAAAGUAAGAAAAAGUGAGUGUUUGAAAAUGCUGCAGUGAACCAUUUCGAAACACACAAAAAUUAACAAACACAAAAAAACACCCAUCAACAAAUUAUAAAUCCACAACAACAGCAGCAACAACACAGAGAGACAAGUGUUGUUGUCCCAUGUAUUUGUUGAUGCCAUGCAAUUGAUUGUUGACAAAAUUCCCAUGUAUUCCAAACAAACAACGAAGCGCAAUUCCAAAAAGAAAAAUGAUGAAAUGAACCAGCAGGCGGGCUCCUCAAGGGCGCCAGCCACCGGGGGCCAAAUCUCACCGCCAGGUGCCACAACAGUCGGCGUGGAGCAGCAGCAACACUUGCAACAGCAGCAACAGUACUACAACCAACAGCAGCAGCAACAGUACCAGCAGCAGCAUCAGCGCGACAACUUCCUAGCCUACCAGCAACAGCAGCAGCAGCAGCAGCAACAGCAACAGCAGCAGCUCCAGCGAUCGGGAGGCGGCGGAGUGGGCGGCGGUGGUAACUUUAUGCUGGGCAAUGACCUUGUCGGCGGCGACAGCCUGCGCAGCCUGAACAACACCUUCGGUCCCAACUCGGAGUUCACGUCGCUCGGAGGCGCCAACAGCUCGGCAUCCUCCUCGCUGAGCGGACUGAGCAGCUCGAGCAGUCAAGGAUACACGGGCAUGGUUGCUGCCAGCCAGCAACACCAGCAGCAACAGCCACAUCACCACCAACAGCAGCAGCAGCAGCACAUGGGCAGCAUGGAUGCCAUGGGCGGUUACAGUCAGAUGGGUGGCGGCAUGCACCCUGGACCCAACAGCGGCAUGAUGGGCAACAUGAAUGGCCAGUACAUGAAUGGCGGCUCCGGCCAGGGUGGCUACAAUGGAGCCCAGGGCAUGGGCAUGGGCUACGGCGGAGGUGGCAGCAUGGGACCCCAGAGGCAUCAUCAAAUGACGCCCAUGAACCAGAUGCAGAAUAUGUCGAUGGGCCCGGGAGUCGGAGGAAGUGGCGGCAUGGGCGGCGGCAUGAAUCCCCUCCAGCAACAGGCGGCGCAGCAGCAAAUGGGCGGCAUGAAUCCGAUGGCCAAGAUGCAGGGCAUGGCCAAUGGUGGAUAUCCGCAGCAAGCCCCACCCAGUCUCACCCAGCAGCAGCAGCAACAGCAGCAGCGACGAAUGGCCCCGUAUCCCCACCCCCAGAUGCACAUGGCUCAAAAGCGGGCGGCGGCCGGAGUGGGAGGAGCGGGCGGAAUGUACCCGGGUAAUCCCAUGCAGCAGCAGCAGGCGCAGAUGUACGGAAAUCAGCAGAUGCAUCCGGGAUCCGGCGGAGGAGUUCCACUGCCCAUGCAGGCGGGUGGAGCAGGAAACGGUUACGGACGCAGUGGACCCAUGGGCGCCGGCAAUGGCGGCUACGGCCGUAUGUCGGCGGGCAAUGGCAUGGGCCCGACCGGAGGACCAGUGAUGGGACCCAUGGGUCCCGGUGGCAUGACCGCUGGAGGAAUGGGUCCCGGACCAGGCUGCAUGAGCCAGCAGCGCUUCAUGCCCCAAGGAUCCGGCGGCGGCAUGCCCGGAGUGGGCUAUGGUGGAGUCGGAGGAACCGCUUCCCAUCAGGGUCAGUUCUAUCCGGGCAGUGGCCAAAGUGCUGGAAUGCAGCAGGCAGGUGGCAUGUGCCCGGCGGGUCCGGGCGCCGUCGCCACCACCGGCAAUCCCUACCAGAAUCAAGGUUUCCAGCAAAACUAUCAGCACAGUCCAGUUCCUGGCAAUCCCACGCCACCGCUGACGCCCGCCUGCAGUGUGCCCUAUGUCAGCCCCAAUCCGGAUAUCAAGCCACCCAUGGACAACAGCGAAGAAAUGAGACUGACAUUCCCGGUGCGCGACGGCAUCAUCCUGGCUCCUUUCCGCCUGCUGCACAACCUGUCGGUCAGCAACCACGUGUUCCAUCUGAAGCAGAAUGUCUACAACACCCUGAUGUGCAGAAACGACUUGGAGCUGCAGCUGAAGUGCUUCCACCAGGACGACCGGCAGAUGAACACCAACUGGCCGCACACUGUCACCGUCUCCGCGAAUGCCACGCCCCUGAACAUCGAGCGGUCCGAGAAGAACAGCACCGCCCUGCGACCGCUCUACUUGAAGGCGGUGUGCCAGCCGGGAAGGAAUACGCUCCAGCUGACCGCCAGUUCCUGCUGUUGUUCGCACCUGUUCGUGCUGCAGCUAGUCCAUCGACCAUCGGUGCGCCAGGUGCUGCAGACGCUGCACAAGCGCAAUCUGCUGCCGCUGGAGCACAGUGUGCAGAAGAUCAAGCGCAAUCUGAGCCAGCCGGAGGCGAAUGCCGGUCCGGAUGCCACGCCCCAGCAGCAGCAGGGCGGCGGGCAGCAGUGCGCCAAGAUCUCAUUGAAGUGCCCCAUCACCAAAUCCCGGAUACGACUUCCGGCGCGGGGACACGAGUGCAAGCACGUGCAGUGCUUCGAUUUGGAGGCGUAUCUGAUGAUCAACAGCGAGCGGGGAUCGUGGCGAUGCCCGGAGUGCAGCAAGUCGGCGAUCACCGAUACCCUGGAGAUCGAUCAGUACAUCUGGGCCAUACUCAACACGCUGGGCAACUCGGAUGUGGACGAGGUGAUCAUCGAUUCGUCGGCCAACUGGCGGGCGCUGCAGCACAAUGGCGGCAUGCCCAAUGCACCGCCCCCCUCGAAUGUUCCUAGCAAUCCCAGUGGCGGCAGCGGCUCCAAUUCCGGCAACGGAAGUGUCAACCCCACCCUGCCGGUCAUCAAACAGGAACUGUGCGACGACAUCGCCAAGGUCAUGUCGCCGGGAUCCACCCAACUGCCCACCUGGGACAGUGCGCAGGCCAUGAGUCCCUACAACAUGCACGACAUGAACUCCAUUGCCAGCGGCAACAUGAUGGGCAACGGCGGCAACACCAACCAGCAUGGCAAUCGCAGCAGCUACGACGGCUUCAGUGGCAACCACAGCGAUGGAAGCGGCGGAUUGCCUGGCGGCGAUGGAGGUGUCAACUCCCUCGACCAGCUGAACGCCAUGGAAAAGUCACUCAGCGAUCAGAUGCCCCACACCCCGCACACUCCUGGAGCGGCCAGUCAUCCGAUGACACCUGGCGGACCGCCCAGCGUCAGCAGCUCCCACAACGAACCGAUCAGCGGCGGUACGCCCAACGCCAACGGAAGCGGAAGUGCCACCAACGGAAGCGGCAACAACAACAGCAGCACGGGCCACAACUCGCCACAGACGCCGGGCACGCCCAGUCGGAUGGGCGGCGGCGGCAUGGGAGGAGCAGGCUCAGCGGAUAGCCAGCAGCAGCAGCAGGAGCAGCUCCUCAACUCCCUGAUGAGCAGUCAGACCCAGCUGAAGUUUAGCGAAAGCGAUCUAAGUGCCGAGCUGCAGAGCUUCGAUGCGGCGGCAGCGGCCAUAAAUGAUACAGCCCACGAUCUGAAUCUGCUGCAAGAUGUGGAUCCCAUGGAGAUCCUGUCCUAUCUGGAUCCUCAGCCCGAUCUUAACACGCCGCCCUCGAGUGGCAGCAGCAACAACAACGCCAGCGACGACUUGCUGGCCACGUUAUUCGACUAGGCCCAAAAAGGCAGGGGAGAAGCUGGGAGAGAGUUGGAGAAUUGAAGUGGCAGAAUACCAUAAAUUGUAUAUAGUAUUAUUAAUUUUAAUGAAAUGUGCACUAGACGCCAGUCGCGUACUUCAACCAACAUUUUCGUUUCCUCACACAAACCAACAGCAGCAACAAGUAAAAAUACACAAAAACAAAAAAAAAACAAAAAACAAAAUGGAUAAACUAUUACAAACAACACACUGGAUGAGAAAUCGAAGCGGAAAUUUGAAUUUGCCCGUGUUGAAAAACAAUGAAAUGUGAUUUAAAAAUUAAUUAAUUAAAUUAAUUGGCAUUUAAUUUAAAGCUAACUGAGAAAAACCCAUGAAAACUACAAAAAAAAUGCACACUAAAGCGUAAAAAUUAACAAACAGUCAUUAUACCAUAUAAAAAAUUAAAAAAAAAAAAUGAAAUCAAUCACUUCAGUUGAGAGCAUGAAAAUUCCUUCAAUGAAAUUUACGAAUUUAAAAUGCAGCAGAAAGUCCUUUGUUCGUUUAUUUGGAAAUUACAUUUUUUGUUUGCCUUAUCCCAGACUUUUGUUGCAAAAUGUUUCUUGUUCAUUUACAAAGUAUUAAAAAAAUCUAUUAAAUCAGCGCAACAACAAAACAUGAGCAAAGAAAAACAAAAACGAAAAUCGAGAAACACAAAAUACAUACAAGUGAAAUCCCAACAAUUUUAUUACAUUUAUAAAAUGAAAACAUUUACAUUUUAAUUGUUGCAUAAUUUUAAUUAUUUUUUAAAGCCUAUCUACAUAUUAAAAGUAAAUGAUUUAGCUUGGUAAACGAUAAACAAAAUUUAACAGACCAGCGGAGGAAAUAUUAAGGAAAUAUUAACUUUAACGAACAGAAAGUAAAUGUGUACAAUUAAGUGACAAAGCGAAACUGCAUAAUUAGUGGAAGAGAGAAACAAACUAUUAAAAGUGUAAAUCAAAUUUAAUGCUAGAUCUAAAAUAUAUUGUAUAUAUUGGAUAUGUAUGUUAUAUAUGCGGCAACAACAAAAAAAAAACACAACCCCUCCCCCAAAAAACACACAAAAGCUAAUUAAUACAUUUAAAUAAUGAUAAUAAUAAAUGAAGAAAACAAAAAGUAUUUCAAAACUAAAAUUACAGUGUUAUAAUUUUGUUUGCGUCUUUUUUUCCCACACAAUUUCCCCUCGUAUUCUUUUUGGAUUUUCUCCUGAUUUUACGAUUUGAGUUCGUCUAUAUGUUUCGUACGAUGUGGUUAACAUGGACCAAUUUUUAUAUACAAAUAUAUAAAUAUAUAUGUAUAACACCCACACACCGACGAGUCUUUGAAUAGAGUAUAUACGCGAACUAUAUAUAACGUAAUAUAUAUAUAUUCAUGUACGUAUCUGAUAUGAUAUUCAAGUAUAGCGAAAUUUUUAAGCUUUGCCCCGGCUAAUUCCCCGUUCAGCGCUUAACAAAACGAAACAAA